CACAUGGCCUUGGACAGUGUGCAUUAACUGAAUUCCCACUUUGUGCUAGGCCUUGAGCUAGACUCUGGGAUGCCUAGACCAGAGAGGAAGGAGAGAGAGAGAGAAGUAAAUGAGCAUAAUAGAGGGUCACAAUAGGUGCUACCUGGGUUGAAGAAAGCUUCCUGGAAAAAUGACACUUAAGCUGAAUCUUGCAAAGUCAUAGGAGACAGUAUACUGGGAAGGGGACAGCAGGUGCCAUGCCUCCGUGGUGUGAGAGUGUGUGAGGAUGCUGAGGACAGGCACGUGUGUUAGUAUCACCCUGAGUUACGCUGUGGAGGAGUUAGUGCUGCCAGGUGAGGAUGGAGAGGUGAGGAGGGGCGAGAGCACAGAGGAUGCUGUGAGCUAUGCAAGGGACAUUUGGAUUUACCCUGAAGGCUACAAAGAUCAUUAGAUGCUCUAAAGAUGGUGUUAACUUGCUAAUGUUUGCAUUUUAGAAAGAUUGCUCUGGCAUGGAGAAGGAAUGGAGACAAAGCUAGAUGGGGGAGACUACUCAAUGUGUAGCAGGGGUUAUCACUCUUAUUUCAUAAAGGAGAAAGUUGAAAUUUGGAGGGCUGAUGAGUUACCAAGUUCAUAUAGUAGGCUGUAGACCUAGCUUUGAACUGCUGGUCCAGUGUUUUUGCCAAGAUCUUACUUUCCAUUACUCUUCUUCACGGCACAUGAAUUUUAGGCAAAUGUCUGACCUACCCCACUCUAUGCUUUCUUACUCCCAUUCCUUUGCCUCCUCAACACCUUUUUCCUGGAAUACCCAAUGACCAUAUAUGUCAGCUCAAACCCUAUUCAUCUAUGAGGGCCUGUCUCAGAGGCUGCCUCUUCCAGGAAGCCUUUCUUGAUCUCCCCAACAAGAAGUAAGCUCUCCUUUGGAAUUCCAAUGUUAGUUAAACUGAACUUCUCUUCUGUCACUGAACUUGUGCUGCUUUGUUUACAUGACUUAUCUUCAGGACUCACAGGUAGGUUCUUUGAGGCGGUGGUUGUGGAGGUCCAUGUUAAUUUACCUUGAACUUACAGUAUCCCCCACCGUGGACUGUCCACUUGGGCUGAAUACUAUUUACUGGGUGAAUGAAUCCAUGGUUCGUAGGGGAGGGGCAGUUUUUCCUCCAAGAUAGGAGGGAAAGAGGAAGGAUGGGAUCUUAGGAUCUGAGGAGGGAUGUUCAGGGAUUCAGUGGAUGUCUUUCAUGCCACUAUGUCACCACUUCCAAGGGGGUGGUGAAGAGUGCGGGCGUUGGAGUUGGCCCAAUCUGGGCUCAGGUCUCUGCUCUGAAACUUACUGGCUGUGUGAGAGAAAGGUAGGUGGGGCUAGGGGCUCCAGGAGAGCAGGGAGGCCCGAGGGGCAUCUAUGGGAACACACAUGGAGUCCCCAAGAUGAAAAAAGGCUCACAAGUGGCAACGAGGGCCCGGCUGGAGUUAGAGAGUGGGGACUUCUUGUGGUCGGUGGUGAUUUCUCUCCUUGGUGAGUGACUGACAGCUAUUUCCCCAGAGCCUGAUGCUGGAUGGCCAAGCCCCCAUGGAGGCUCAGUAUGCAGAGGAGAGUCCAGGAUCCUGGAUCUUCAGAGCAGAGCCAGGAGACCCACUGCGGAGGCCCGAGGCCCGGCAGCAACCCAUCUCUUGGGCAGGGCGCUGGUGCACAGGGCGGCGCGGCUGGGCGGCGUUGGGAGCCCUGGUGUUGCUGGCUGGUGCAAGCAUUGGCUCCUGGCUUCUAGCGCUGUAUCUGUGGCCGGCUGCCCCUCAGCCUGUUCCUGGGACCCUGCAGGAUGAGGAUAUGAGCUUAAACUGCUCGGAGGCCAGCGGUGAGGAAGCCCUGCUCCCCUCGCUUCCCAGAGCAGUGUCUUUCAGAAUAAACACCGAGGACUUCUUGCUGGAAGUGCAGGUGAGGGCCCGGCCAGACUGGCUCCUGGUCUGCCAUGAGGGCUGGAGCUCUGCCCUGGGGGUGCGGAUCUGCCAGAGCCUUGGACAUCUCAGACUCACAGACCACAAGGCAGUGAACCUGUCUGACAUCAGGCUCAACAGCUCCAGGCAGUUUGCUCAGCUCUCUCCUAGACUGGGAGGCCUCCCGGAGGAGGUGUGGCAGCCCAGGGGCAGCUGUACUUCUGGUCAAAUGGUUUCCCUCAGAUGCUCUGGCUCAGCUCAGCUCCCUUGUGCAGUUUCAGGCUGUCCCGCCGGUCCAGCUGGAGGGUCCAUACGGGGCUGGUCAGCCAGAGCACGGUCAGGCCGCACCAGGGGGCUGUGGUGGAGCGGAUCAUCGCCCACCCUCUGUACAGUGCCCAGAGUCACGACUACGACGUGGCCCUCCUGCAGCUCCGGACCCCGCUCCACUUCUCAGACACCGUGGGCGCAGUGUGCCUGCCGGCUGAAGAGCAGGAUUUUCCAAGGGGCUCGCAGUGCUGGGUGUCUGGCUGGGGCCACACUGACCCCAGUCACACCCACAGGUCGGACACGCUCCGGGACACGGUGGUUCCCCUGCUCAGCACCCAGCUCUGCAACAGCUCUUGCGUGUACAGCGGGGCCCUCACGCCCCGCAUGCUGUGUGCCGGCUACCUGGACCAGAGGGCCGACGCGUGCCAGGGGGACAGCGGGGGUCCCCUGGUGUGCCUGGACAAGGGCACGUGGCGCCUGGUGGGGGUGGUCAGCUGGGGCCGCGGCUGCGCAGAGCCCAACCACCCCGGUGUCUACGCCAAGGUUGCCGAAUUCCUGGACUGGAUCCAGGACACGGCGCAGGUCCACUAGAUGGAGGAGAAGCUGCAGCCCCGGAUGCAGAAGGUGUGGAUCUCUUAUCACUGCACAAGAGACAGUCACCACCCACUGGCCAGCCUCCAGGCCACAGGGCCUCUCCACUCCAGCCCUGAUUUCCAGCCCCUCUAUCUCACCAGAGAGCCUCAAUGACAGGAGAGAAGCUGGGGUUGUGUUGGGAAGGUCGGGGAGCCAGGAGGUGGGGAGGGAGCAGCUGGAGAGGAGGAGGGUGCUGGCGGCAGUCGGGAGCCUGCCCUUCUGCCCCCUCCCAGCCCCCCAGCCCCUGUGCGCAUCUUUUGGGAGGAUGCUCAGGGAUGCCCUGGGCCUGCCUUCUCCCUGUGAUCUCAGGCGGGGAGAUGCCUCCCUACAGACCCAGGUUGGGAAGCUCCUGGGCAGAUGGGGUCAAGGCUGGACCGGCCCAGGUGAAGCCCAUGGAGUCAGGAUCCGCCCCACUCUUCUGUCGAUCUCACCUACUUCCUGCUCUCACUUGGCUCUGACUGGCCCUGCUGGGGCGGGGGCGCACUCUGCUUGGUGUUGGAAUAGGGCGUAGGGUUUAAAUGACAGUUCUGUGAGCUGGUCCAGGACUUCCGGUAUUAAAGUGAAAUGAUGUAUGGCCUCGGCCCCGUCCUCCCCCCACCCCCCUUCUCUCUCUUUCUCUCACACCCACAUUAAGGGGUAGUAGAAUUACAACUUUCCUCCCAUACAUGUUUCUUAAAACUCUGGAACAGACUUCUGCUCAUAUAAUUCUGUACAUUUGUUAAAUCUACAUGUUAUGAUUGACAACAGAAAGCCCCAGCCUUCCAGGUGCUCUGAUGCUGCAAGUCUGAGUGCCACUGAAUCAGUGCUCCCUCCAGGAGGGUCUGGCUUCCCCAUGAGACCCAUCUCUCCUCAGCUCUUGUUUCAGGACUGGGCCUUCUGGCUCGGGAGAUGUCUUUCUGAGUUUCUACCCAGUUAGCAUUUUCCUGGUUAAGCUUCUCCCCCACUCUCUCCUCUCUAGCAAUUAAAAUGCAAUUGGUAUCUUAUUUCUAAAAACCGCAAUGAAUUUUUUAUGGUGCUUACCCAAGGAAAUGCAAUUAGCGUUUAGCAAUAACACAACUUUUUUGUGAGUUUAUCAGCAUUUUUUUGAGGGGUAGUACGAAUGAAUAUUCAUUCCUGGAGGGUCUGCUUCCUUUGCAAAGAAGUGCUUUAGAAAAAAAAGGGCCACAAUUUACUGUCAUUUAAAAACAGCUGGGGAAGUGGCUGCUGGGAGUCUGCUGCCCAACUGCAGAAGCAACGUGGGUGAGGCCCUGGCAGGUGGUGGGUAGUCUGACCCUGUGUUCUGAGAGCCCCGACCUCCAGCCUCCAUCCCGAGAUCAGCAUUUACUACCCGACUCUGGUGGGUCCCCACUUCAAGAGGCGCUUUCAGGGCUGCCGAUCUCUCUGGGCAGGGAAGAGGUACCAGCAAAUCCAUCAGCGAUGAUCUUUUUUGUGUUUCUGUUGUUGCCCAUAGGCGUUUGCUUAUUUAAAGGGAGGUUUUUAUUUACCACAGUCAUUGUGAUCUGUUAAUAACCAGUAACACUUGGAUACUAUUUUACGGUUUAUCAAUCCUGCUCACACGUGGUAUCCCAUUUAGAUCUCACACCAUCUAUGUGGUGAAGAUAUUAUUAUUGCGCGCAUUUCACAGGUGAGAAAAUUCAUUCAGAAAGAUGAAGUGACUUCCCCAGGACCAGCCCGCUAAGAAGCGCCAAAGCCAGGAUGGGAACUUCGAGCCUUUUCACGCCAAAUUCACAUCCUUGUUUUGCACACGGAUGAACGAGAUGGUCCAGUAUUACACAGAAGUAUAGAAUGGGGAGGUUGGUUUAGUCACCUGCCUACAGUAAUGCAUUGCUAUCCCUCUUUUUUAUAGGUGUUAACCAAAACCUGGGAAGUGGCUCCUGCCAGAGACCCUUCCUGGGCAAUGUUCUUACAGAUUUCCAGUUCUGCAUGGUCUGACUUAAAAUGUUACAAAUGAGUAUUUUCCACAGGAGGACGAUAGAUAAAAAGAAUCCUAAUUAGAGAAUUUGCUAAUAACGAUUCCCUGUUUACCUAUAGAAGGUCCUGGUAUCUUUCACCAGGCUACCAGUCAGAUCUACAGACUCAGAGGCUCUCACCUGCCCUUCCUGUAUUGGCAACUGCCAAUCCAGCCCUUAGGAAAGUGAGGAAAAGUGGGUGCCCUGGGCCGGCUGCUGGAGGGCAGGGCUGGAGAUGGGAGCAAGGAAGAGUGACAAGAUUCAGGUCCGGAAGGAUUUUAAUGAGGACCAGCUGGGUGCCCAGCUGUGUGACGCUCUGCAGGGAAUUCAGAGGCAGAGAAGCGGCUGCCUUAUUGGAGCCAUGAGACGUAUUUGCAAUAAAUUAUUAGCGGCCAGCCAGGCACGAGGCUGAGUGGUGCGGCAGUAAUUGCUAAGGGAGCGCCAAGGGCCUCUUGUUGACUAAGUCAGGGCAUUUCUGUGUGCAGGAAACCUGUCUCUCUCCCCAGGGAUUCAGCAUCCCACUUGCCUGGGCAGAGCUUGCCAGCCUCCUGAGACUUCCCAGGAAGGUGGCUCCUGGCUGCCAGGCCCAGGGUAGAGCCCUUCUCUCAUCUACUCCUUCUCUGUGCUUUGGGGGUCUGGAGGGUACAGCGGGGUGCAGGCUCUCUCUCCUUGUUAGACUUUCCGUGGAGUCCUGCUUCUCCUAGGAGAGUUGCUGUGAACGAGGGGGCAGCCCUGUCAUUCCUCGGAAACAUUUCUCGGGCUGUUUCCUGCAUUUUAUUUUUGGAAGUGUUGGGUUCACCCACAAUAGGACGAAACUGUAAAUGCUAGAGGGUGGUACAGCAGCUGUCAGGAGAUGGUCUUCCUGAGUCUCCCCACUGUUUUUCUCUCUUCUUCCUUCUCUGCCCUCUCCUGGCCAUGUACUUAGGACCCUCCUCAUUGCUCAAAAGAGAACCCACCUACACCUGCUCCCACUCUUUCGCCUCCCUCGUCAUCCUGGGUCUGGAUCCCUCCCCACCUCCCUACGUAGACACACCAGAAUGUAUCUUUGUGUUUGCGUCACUGGGGCUCUGCUUCCUGCUAAACUCAUUGGAGCCCAGUAUGCUUAAUGGCCCUUUAAACCGUGUCUUAAAUACCUCCACCUCUAGGAAGGCUCCUUAUCGUAGGUAGGGAGCAGCUUCCUACUGAGAGGUGAAGCUGGUCUUUCUUACACAUUCUGAGGUCAGGAAAAGGAGGGGCGGAGCCUGCAGGCAACCUCUGCAGACUUCCUGUGCCCCCGGAGCCCCAGGGCCGAGCAGUGCAGGGAAGUCUGCUGGCGGGUUUUCUCCUGGGCUUGGUGCUGGGGUGGACCACGCUGGGGACUCAACAGAAUGGAGAGAGGAGUCCUGGCUCCAGAAGGCGUGAUCUGUCACUAAUGUGACAGGAAGGCGGGGGCUUUCACAGGCCUGGGCUUAUCUUCUGUGCAUCCUCCCUUCCAAGGAAUCUCUGGCUGUGGCAUCUGAUGGUGGACAGUCCCGUCUGGGUCUUUAACCACUGGAGAGUGUGCUGCCCUGAGCUAGUGACUCAGCCUUCUUGGAGUUUGGUCUCCCAUCUAUCAAAUAAGGGGUCUGGGUGAGGGCGUCUCCGCGGGAUCUGCCUUUUCAGGCCGCCUUUAACACAAACCUCUGCUGCCUCUGGAGACAUCUAUCUGCAACCCCAACACCCAGUCAGGACACCCAUGGAGAAGAGCUUGUUCCCUGGGACAGAUCUAAAGGAACAAGCUUGCUCUGCUGUGUCAGGCCCUCUCCAGGACAGCGCUCUGACUGCCCUCUGUGUCCUGGGAGGAUGAGGCACCAGGCAGAAGAUUUUAAAGCCAUCUUUCCCCAUGUCCCAUGUACACUGGCGAAGGGUUCAAGGACAGGUUUUCUCAGGGGCUCCCCAGCUCACUUCCCAACACUCCAGGCUUUGGGUGGGGCCCCAUGGUUGCCAGCUCCAUAGAGACAGUGAGGGAAUUUCCUCCCUGCCCUGAAGUCCGCAGACACUUUUCUUCUGCCUACUUUCCCUUGACAGCUCCUGAGCUGCCCACAGGACCCCCUGCUCUCCAGCCUUUCCUCCUGCAUGUGGCCCAGUAGUGAAGAAAGUUUUCCGCCCGCAGAACCAUUACCAGGCAGCUUGGGUCCAAGCUGUCCUCUGUCCCGAGCCAUGUGUCAGGCUCACAGAGGGUGGAGCCUUUCCCAUGGCCCCUCAGUUAGGGGAACCCCACCUUCCCAGAUUGCCCAGGACUGUCCCAGUUGUAACACCAGAAGUCCCGUGUCCCCAGAAGCCCUGCAGUCCUGGGCAAACUGAGACAGUGGGUCAUGCUAAGUCCAUUGCCUCUCUUCUGUAUAAAAGGCAAAAUCCAGCUCCCCUUGGCCUCCUCCAGUCCCCUUUUGGUCUGAUUGAGCUUAAAAGCAGCUUUCCCUGGUGGCCCAGAGUUGCAGGAGGAGAGGCUCCCAGGAAUUCUCAAGAUCUGGACUCUUUUGCAGAGAUGCUGCCUUGGUCCAGAGGCUGUUGGAGUGAGAGUCCCUCCUUCCACAGGGGCCACAGCUGACCUGGCUGCCCAUCCUUCCCCUCGGUGACUCCUCAGACGGCACCCAGGGCAGCCGCAACUCAUCUUGCCAAAUGUUUUGAGCAAGCUGCUCCUGGAAGCCAGGAAUACUGACUGCCCAGUUUCCCCAGGUCUCACUGCUUUCUGGUCUCCAGAGCGUGGUACAGGGCUUAGCAUGUGAUAGGUGCUCGCUGAGCUCUCUCAGGAGGAGGGGAUGGGGUGGGGGGAGCUGCCACCCGCAUCAGAGCUGGGUCGGUCUCUUCUCCUGGCCUCUGCCUCCUGGAGGGGAUCAGAGAGGAGCAAAGAAGAGGCUGCCAGACUGCUAGAGCCCGCGGGGAUUUGGUGGGGUUUGUUUUUCCUCGGCACUGUCUGCAGACGCGAGGGCAUGAAUAAAAAAGUGAGGAAGAUUUACUGUUCCCACAGCUUGGCAGUAGCCCUGUAUUUGUACAGCGGAUCCGGGGGAGGAGAGGCGGGAGCAGGUGGGGAUGCUGCUGGGGCUCGGACAAAGUCAGACCCUUGUCAGUCUUUUUGCAAAGACUGUGGGGUGCAAGUGAAGGUG